AUGUACGCUUUUAUUGUUCGGCUACUGGUGGUGAUUUCCUUUAUGAAACUGAUUUCUGCUCGUGUCGAAUUCACCAACUUCAAGUGUAAGGCUUUGGAUCAAGAGUUCUGCAAUUUCGAACACUGCUACAUAAAGGCGGUGAAUCGGUCCUACAAGUAUCUUACAGCUAAGGUUAACCUAUACAAGGUUCCCGUUACCAGAGUGAAGCUUAACAUAGGACUCUACAAGCGUUUCAAUGGAUAUAAGCCCUUUCUGUACAAUCUUACCGUCAAUGUUUGUAGUUUUAUGAAGAACCCGAAGAGCAAUCCUGUCACUUUCUACUUCUACGAAUUUAUCAAAGGAAUCUCAAACAUGAAUCACACCUGUCCCUAUGACCACGAUCUUGUUUGGGAUAAGCUCUCCAAUGAGAUCAUAAAUCACCGUGUGACAAAAGUUCUACCGUUUCCGGAAGGUGAUUAUAUGGUCGAGAUGCACUGGAUUGCCUAUGACAUAACACGCGCUGUGGUAAAGAUGUAUGGGACUCUUUCCUAA